AAUUGCUACUUUGCACUGCACUGGACUAUGACUGAUUUUUGGCACAUGCUAUCAUACACAAAGUUCCUAAAAUAAAAUGCUCCAGGAUAUCCUAGGAACUCUUAGAAGGCUUUAAAAAGGGACUCACACACUGAAAGAAUAUCUUUGAUGAAGACAAUUCAGGCAAGCAGAAUGAUUCUUGCAACAGAAUUACAUGAUUAAUUGAGAUCUUGAAGUGGAUCCGGUGAAUCCUGGCCACCUAACUUAUCAUGAUUUGGGGGAGUUUCACGAGAAUCCAGUUUUGAUAAAACAAUUGUUUUUUUCCUCCCCAAGUGACUAUACAUUUAAAUAGCUAAAACAUCUGUUCAGCAACAUAGUAAAACAUGUAUACUCGGAACGCUUGAGAGAAGAGCCUGCCAAACAAUCGGUUGAGAGGGACUUUGCUGAGGGAGAGCACCAAGAUAAAGCAACGCUGUUUGUUUUGUCUAGUCAGGGGGAAAGCCAAGGCAACCAAUAUUUUGGUUUUUAUAAUUUUCAUUUGUGAAGAAUUAUUUGAGAAAGGGUGGUGAGGGGAGAUUUCCUGACGCGAGUUUCUUAAGCUGUCCCUUAGUAGAAGAGCAAGAGAGCCUUGGAUGUCAACACCUCGCUCUUGAGACCAGCCACCAAACCACGAAAAGUGACUUUCUUCUCGUGUGCUCUCUACGGCCCUUCUGAUGGAAGCAGAAACAGGGAGCAGCCUGGAGACUGGAAAGAAGGCCAACAGAGGCACUCGAAUUGCCCUGGUCGUGUUUGUCGGUGGCACCCUAGUUCUCGGCACGAUCCUCUUUCUAGUGAGUCAAGGUCUCCUAAGUCUCCAAGCUAAACAGGAGUACUGCCUGAAGCCAGAAUGCAUCGAAGCGGCUGCUGCCAUCUUAAGUAAAGUAAAUCUGUCUGUGGAUCCUUGUGAUAAUUUCUUCCGGUUUGCUUGUGAUGGCUGGAUAAGCAAUAAUCCAAUUCCCGAAGAUAUGCCAAGCUAUGGGGUUUAUCCUUGGCUGAGACAUAAUGUUGACCUCAAGUUGAAGGAACUGUUGGAGAAAUCAAUCAGUAGAAGGCGGGACACUGAAGCCAUACAGAAAGCCAAAAUCCUUUAUUCAUCCUGCAUGAAUGAGAAAGCAAUUGAAAAAGCAGAUGCCAAGCCACUGCUACACAUCCUACGGCAUUCACCUUUCCGCUGGCCUGUGCUUGAAUCUAAUAUUGGCCCUGAAGGGGUUUGGUCAGAGAGAAAGUUCAGCCUUCAGCAGACACUUGCAACGUUUCGUGGUCAAUACAGCAAUUCUGUGUUCAUCCGUUUGUAUGUGUCCCCUGAUGACAAAGCAUCCAAUGAACAUAUCUUGAAGCUGGACCAAGCAACACUCUCCCUAGCCGUGAGGGAAGACUACCUUGAUAACAGUACAGAAGCCAAGUCUUAUCGGGAUGCCCUUUACAAGUUCAUGGUGGAUACUGCCGUGCUUUUAGGAGCUAACAGUUCCAGAGCGGAGCAUGACAUGAAGUCAGUGCUCAGAUUGGAAAUUAAGAUAGCUGAGAUAAUGAUUCCACAUGAAAACCGAACCAGUGAGGCCAUGUACAACAAAAUGAACAUUUCUGAACUGAGUGCUAUGAUUCCCCAGUUCGACUGGCUGGGCUACAUCAAGAAGGUCAUUGACACCAGACUCUACCCCCAUCUGAAAGACAUCAGCCCCUCCGAGAAUGUGGUGGUCCGCGUCCCGCAGUACUUUAAAGAUUUGUUUAGGAUAUUAGGGUCUGAGAGAAAGAAGACCAUUGCCAACUAUUUGGUGUGGAGAAUGGUUUAUUCCAGAAUUCCAAACCUUAGCAGGCGCUUUCAGUAUAGAUGGCUGGAAUUCUCAAGGGUAAUCCAGGGGACCACAACUUUGCUGCCUCAAUGGGACAAAUGUGUAAACUUUAUUGAAAGUGCCCUCCCUUAUGUUGUUGGAAAGAUGUUUGUAGAUGUGCACUUCCAGGAAGAUAAGAAGGAAAUGAUGGAGGAAUUGAUUGAGGGUGUUCGCUGGGCCUUUAUUGACAUGCUAGAGAAAGAAAAUGAGUGGAUGGAUGCAGGAACGAAAAGGAAAGCCAAAGAAAAGGCGAGAGCUGUUUUGGCAAAAGUUGGCUAUCCAGAGUUUAUAAUGAAUGAUACUCAUGUUAAUGAAGACCUCAAAGCAAUCAAGUUUUCAGAAUCCGACUACUUUGGCAACGUCCUACAAACUCGCAAGUAUUUAGCACAGUCUGAUUUCUUCUGGCUAAGAAAAGCCGUUCCAAAAACAGAGUGGUUUACAAAUCCAACGACCGUCAAUGCCUUCUACAGUGCAUCCACCAACCAGAUCCGAUUUCCAGCAGGAGAGCUCCAGAAGCCUUUCUUUUGGGGAACAGAAUAUCCUCGAUCUCUGAGUUAUGGUGCUAUAGGAGUAAUUGUCGGACAUGAAUUUACACAUGGAUUUGAUAAUAAUGGUAGAAAAUAUGAUAAAAAUGGAAACCUGGAUCCUUGGUGGUCUACUGAAUCAGAAGAAAAGUUUAAGGAAAAAACAAAGUGCAUGAUUAACCAGUAUAGCAACUAUUAUUGGAAGAAAGCUGGCUUAAAUGUCAAGGGGAAGAGGACCCUGGGAGAAAAUAUUGCUGAUAAUGGAGGCCUGCGGGAAGCUUUUAGGGCUUACAGGAAAUGGAUAAAUGACAGAAGGCAGGGAGUUGAGGAGCCUCUUCUACCAGGCGUCACAUUCACCAACAACCAGCUCUUCUUCCUGAGUUAUGCUCAUGGUCAAUGGUGCAAUUAGUAACUUUGAAGAAUUCCAGAAAGCUUUUAACUGUCCACCCAAUUCCACGAUGAACAGAGGCAUGGACUCCUGCCGACUGUGGUAGCUGGGACGCUGGUUUAUGGCAUCCUGAGACAGUUGCACAGUGCCAGCAGAGGCUGCACUGAGCCUUCAUCGCCCAUUGCUUUAGGCCUGGAGACUUUCAUUUUUAGUGCAUUUGCAUUAUUUGGGUAGGUGACCUGCUUGGAUCUAGACAGUAUCUGUUCAAAGUUGUAGGGCUUAUAAAAUGGAAUACAAGAAUGAACUAAGUAUGUUUCUUUAGAAAAUCAAACCAACAAAAAUAAAUCCCUAGGCUACUUUUGUUAAAAUGUUAUCUGCUAAAUUGUUGCUAUUGUCCAUUUUAGUGUGUUAGCCACAGUUAUGUGGUUCAUAGCAUUUCAAUCUAUAGCUUUGUGGGAAGCCUAAAUUGAUGUAUCCUUUAAAAGUUCAAUCUAUUAAACUUGUAGCCUCUCAAUGAUGAAGACAUGUGCAUGAAUACCUGGGAGGGCUUGCUGCUCUGUGGAAUGCAGUGCAAGUUUUUAUGGAGAGUAAUUACACAGCAUUCCUCAACUCUAAGGUAGUUAAAUUAGAAAUAUGUUUGAUCUCCAUUUUACAAUUUUUGAUGAAGUUCUUGCCUUCAGCUUUGGAGUCUGUUGGAAUGAAAAUGUGUCUCACAGCUUGCAUCUGAUGUAGCAGAUUGCCCUGUUCAAGUCAGCAUGAACAAAGCUUGCAGAAAGGCUACUAGGUAACGGAUUUGAGUUUAUUCAAUAGAAAAAAGGGAAUGAGGACAUAUCUUUAGGUCCCAGAAGAAGCAAAACCUCCUAGUUACAUAACAGCAGGGAAAGUAGGAGAUGAAAUCUCCAACAUUUUGUCCAGUUUGUAUGAACUGCAGUGAUUGUCUGUCUGUCUGCUAGACACUUUUUUUAAGCCUAAUUCUUGUUUGUUUCAUUACCUUCAUAUGUGCGCAUUGUACUGGUUUUGAAAUGAGCAGACAUUGAGAAAACAAUUUUCUGAUUCCCCAUUAGGAACAUACGAUUUUCAUUUCCCUUUAGUGCAAAGGAACAAACAUCACAUUGAGGAGGGAGAAAUGUACCCUUCUGUUUCAGCUUAAUGUUACCUCUCUUUAAAAAAAUUUUUUUUGAAAAAAUUAUUGAUUGAUGACAUUCUAGAAUUUAUUGAUUCAAUUUAAAAUUCCCUGCAUAGUCCAAAUAAACAUAAUUUUUACUCUUCAAGUCAUCUAAAGAGUUGUGAGAAAGAGCAGUACUAUGUGUUUUAUCCUUAGAGCACUAUCCUUCUAAGUGAACUCUUUUCUUAUUAGUGAGUGAGUGUGUGUGUGUGUAGGAUAAAAUUGUAAUGGCUUUAAAGUUGUUACCUGGCAUUUUUGGUUUCUUAAAAUAGGCAUCCCCAUACUCCCUUUACAUUAUUCAUUAUACAUGAGGUGCUGGGUUAAGUGGGCCAAUAGGAAAAUCUCAAAAGCAAAAUGACAAAUUCAGAUUAACCACAGGAAGCCAUUGUGUGUCCCUGUGAUUUGUGAUUCUUUUAAAAUAUAUAUAUGUGUGUGUGUGUGUGUGUGUGUGCCAUAUCCUUUUGUAGCCAUGGGAACGUUUGACGGGAGAAAAAUGGAGGGGCACCAUCAUGAGGAAACAAUUAUACUGCAUUAGUCAGUCAGAGGAGAGCGAUUUUCCCCUUGACUUCUUCCUCUCUGAAUGGAUAAACUUGUGAAGGGCAGCUACCUUUUCCUCCUCUUAACCUGGCUUAAUGUGACCUUAGUUUGUAUUUCUAAAAACAAACAAGCAGUAUUAGGUUGGAAAUGUGUGUGUCUUUUCUCUGGAGGAAGCAUUCUGACUUGGUUUAGACAUACAAGAUACUCUGUUUUAUUCCUGCACUUUGGUGUUUAAAAUCAGCUGAGGUUUGUCAUGCUUAUAUGAAUAGUGUUUCCCUUCUAGAUUUCCUUUAUAAACUCCAGAUAAACACAUUCCUGCAGGUCAGAGAAAGUGUUUGAUAAAAGCAUAGAAUUAUGGCUUUGGAAAGAUAAAUUAAGUCACUUGUUGGUUUAGCAAAACUCAUUGGUGAUUAGUUGUUGGGGCCCUCACAGUUUCUAGACGAGAAGCUUACCUUAUCCUGAUUAACUUUACUUGCUGUAACUCUUACACCGAAAAUUGUAGGUAGGAUGUCCAUUACUAAAACAAAGCAAAACAAAACAACAAACCAAAAGCAGCAAUACCAAAUUAUCACUACUAGCUAGAACAAUGAGAAGGACUGAAUUUCCAAAUAUAUGCUUAUGUUUAACUCUUCCAAUUACAUUCUCACUGUCCUUUCUCUUGGAUACAGAUUGCUAAGAUAAGAUAAACAGUGAUUAAGUGGUAGAAAGAGAAAGGUAAAAUGCAACUGGAAGGGAAAGAAAAAAGUAGGGAGAAGCUGGCCUAUGGAUGUGGCUCUGAAGAGAAGACAGGAUUUUGGCAUUCCUUGCUAAGCACAUUCACCGGAGUAGAGCCAUAAAGUUUUACAAAAAUAAUUAUGGUAAAUUAAAAGGAUAUUAGAUAUUGGAUCUCAGACUAGGGCUGCUAUAAUACAGUUCUCUGAUUCACACACCAGAUGUUCUGCCCGUGAACUAUUGUCUGGGCAUCGGAAGGAGUUAGUUAGGUUUUUUGUUUGUGAAAAUCUCCUGGAUUAGUAAAAAAAUUUUCUAGAUAUAAAGUGGUUUUAUUUGGGCUCAUCACCAUUGCCAGCAUUGGCAAUGCUCAGCAUUGGCCUCCUGUUUUCAUUUAUUCAUUUUAUGAGAUGGACUUGGACAUCACUAAUGCAAACACAGGAUUCAUAAAUUAUCCUGAAGUUUAUUUAGUGCCUUGCCUCAAUGGAGCUUAAAGCAUAGCACGUAAAUUUUAUCUUAUUUAGCCCUGGAGCAUCACUAAGAAGCAGCUAGGAACUAUGGCUUGCCAGACAGAUUAUGCUUGUGCCAGAGAAGUGGAGAAGCCUGAAAUCUCUUGUCACGUAUCCCACAGGAAGGAAAGGUAGUCUUUGGGCUUUGGUCUACUGACCUGUGGAUUAAACUCUAUCCCUUAGAUUAUCCCAUUUCUAAAUACAUUUAUUCGAUCAGUAUUUCUAUAAUCACUUAGCAUUUGAUAGGCUUCUUCCUUGAUACAUUUAACAUAAUGCCUCAGUUGCAUAUUAAAUUAUGGAAGAAUAUACGAUUGCUUCAUAUAACAACGUUCUCAUCACCAGUGACAGUGUCCUACUGGCUUGAAGAAAGAUAUUCUUGGAUUAUGCAUUUUAUAUCUAAAUGGUUAUUGUGAGACUGGUUGUAUUUUCUUCUCCUACUCAUGAAACGAUGUGAACAAUCAAUCAUUUUAAGGACAAUAAAAAGUUGGUUGAA